UGCACUUGAUAAUUGUUUUGAUGAAAUCGAAAAUUCAUAAAACUGAAUAAAUUUUUGAUAUAUUAAGGGUUUCCAAUUCCAAUUAUGAAAAUCCUAUGAUUUUAAGAGAAUUGAAUGAUUCAAUUGAACUAUAUUCAAAUACUGAAGAAAAAAAGACCGAAAUGGGAAUAGUGAAAUACCUUCACAAUUUAGGAAUACAAACAAAGACAGAUCCUCUUUUGAAAGAAUAAGAAUAUUGGAGAAUGAAAAGAUUAGAAACUUAACAAAAAAUGUUAUCAAUUUUAUGUUUAACUGAGUCAAACUAAUCUCUAACAUUGAAUGUAUAUGCCUCUAAGUUACUUCAUCAGAGAGUGUCCUAAUCUUUUUUAGAAACACAACUGAUCAAUAAUAAUUCUACUAUGGUUAUAGAAUGAAC